UUCCUUUUCAAUAUGGCCGCCGGUGAUUCUACGGCUUUGUGGCUGCAUAACAAGUUAGGUUCUACCGACGAUUUAUGGUCUGGCCGGACUAUUUGCUCACAACUGUCACAAGAACGUUUGCAAAGUAUCGAAGAAUGUUUUCACACACUUCAACCGCACGUAAAAGUGAAAUUGCUGUUGUCAUUCCUACAUAUUUUGAGGCGAAACAUCGAUCAGUGGAAGCCAGACCUGGAUGAGAUUCUGCAAAUGGCGAUACAGGACACCGACCCUUGGGUGUCUAUGGUUGGUGAAAUUCUGCGAACAUUUCCCGAGACUGGUUCUCUUAGUCUGGAACUUGAACUAACUAGCAGCACUUACGCUGAAGUUUUGGCUGACCUGAGAAAGAUGGUUCGUAAGACAUCUGAUGUCCAAAUGCUACCCAUGGAAUGUCAAUUCUUAAACAAGACAGCAUUCUCCAACACUGCAGGCCAGAUGCCACAACCAGUGAAACAUUUUGCUUUGAAGAGGAAACCCAAGUCUGCCACAUUACGAGCUGAACUUUUGCAAAAAUCUUCUGAUGUGGCUGCAAACAAGAAAAACCAACCAAAUGCAGGGCCAAUCAAAAUGAGGAGUUUUGCCAAAAAAAUGGAUGAUGAAACUCCAAUGAAAUUCCUUUCUAAUCGCAGUCCUUCAAGUAGUCCAGGAUUCCGUUCACCCAGUACUUCUUUAGGGCGUUUGGGAGGGACUCCCCUGUCAGGAACACCACUGCGGUCAAAUCUAGCCAGGAAAGAUGGUGGCAAGAUCAAAUUUUUGGAUAUUACUGAACAGCCGGUUGGUUCAAAGGAAGCUAAGAGACGAAGAAAAGUGGCAGAAAUGGAAGCAAUUGAACAGCACAAGAAAGAAAAGGAGGCAGCCAUUGCAGCUGGUUUGACAUCCCCAGCUAACCCUUCCUAUACUCCAGACUAUGCUGCUGGUCUCCUAGCCCCAGCAACACCAAAAAUGCCCACACCUGUUAUGGUAACCAGUGGUUCCUCAUUACUAACGCCAUCACCUGCAUAUGUGCCUGUGUCUAGCAACAGACUCACAACAGCAACCAAAGUCUCACAAGCAACCGUUCUUUCUUCUUCUACAACACAACAAGCACGGCAGAAUUUGCAAGAGCAGUUACAACAGCAGCUUGGCCAAUCUCAAAUUAGAACUCAAAUGACAAUUGGCCAAUUAGGCAGCCAAUCACAGGCCACUUUGCUGCAGUCGCAACAAAUAACUCCUCAGCAAGCUCCAGCAACCAGACCUCCGGUGAUGAUAGUUCAACCACAGGUUCGGCAACCAGCACAGCAGUCCUUGCUUCAACAGCCGCAGCCAGCACAGUUAGUGCAGCAGCCAAAUCAACUCAGUGCUCCACCCAAGAAGGGACUAUCACUCACAAGAGAGCAGAUGAUGGAGGCGCAGGAGAUGUUCAAAUCUUCAAACAAAGUUACCCGUCCAGAAAAAGCCCUUAUCCUUGGUUUCAUGGCAGGAUCAAGAGAUAAUCCAUGUCCACAACAGGGUGACAUUUUGAAUAUCAAACUGAGUGAAGACCAGGAAGUGGUGUCAACUGCAGAUGGUGUUUCUAAGCAAAUGAUUGCAGACACGUACUUCCAAAUGAACUACUCCACCGGGGAGUGGAAACGCUUCAAGAAGUUCAGAGAGCUUGAGAAGACCUAGCUCAUGUGUGUUCGGCCGUAUCUGGUGGUUAGAUACAGUGUGUACAUCACUUUGUACAGUCUCCUAAUAUCUCAGUGAAUGGCAGUGUUCAGUGUGCAGAAGAAAGCAUUAUAUUAGUUCUACUGGGGAGAACAACAAGAUGUUCCAACAGAAAGUUCAGUGUUGGAUAGAGUUUACCAUCUUUGUCAUCUGUUAGGUUUUAUGCAAUAUGGAACCAAGCUGGCCAUGUACAUUAUAUCCUCUAAGGGUUUGAGUUUAACACAUAGAAGGAUGCAGCAGUUUACCCAUCAAUGUUCACUGUUGGACAAAUCAGCAAUGACACACUGGUGUAUUAUUCAGUGGAAAAUAUGUGUCAUCCCAAACUGCUUGUGCUAGCUGUAACUGUAGGACCAGUAUGUAUUGUGAUACUAUUAGUAAUACUGGCCAGUCCAUUGUUGGCACACUGCUAUGGUUUGUCCGAGUGAUAUCUGUUAUUAUCUGCGCUACCAUACCUUGUAUAUCAACAGGAAAUAUGUUGAAUACAGCAUUAGAAACAUCUAA